AUGGCGCGCUCCAUUCGCGACUGUUACAUCCAUCAACUCACCCCUUACGACAAGUUCGUCUCCAUUAUCGGCAAAAAUGGGCAGCCGGCAAGCUUCGAGGCCGUGGACGUGGCGGACCUUACCAUUGUCGGACCAUUACCAGGAAAGACCGGCGCUAGAAUUGUCACCAGAAGGUCCUUUGGUACGAACCCGACAGCGAGAUUUUUCUUCAAGGGCAUGGACUUUGAAAGUUACAAGAAAGACAGCAAAGACUUUAGAGAACACCAGGAAAAGACCCUCCUCCACGAGAUCCGAACGCUGUACACCCUUCCAGCCCACCCGAACAUCAUGCCCUGCCCUAGGAGUCUCGUCGUCGUGCGAGACGCAGACAAUAAGGACCGGAUAUGUGGCUUCCUGCAACCUGCCAUGGAAAAGGAAUCCCUCGACGAACAAGUCAUGCACGCCAACAGAAUCGGCCGGCGUCUCCCGCUCGAGCUCAAGGCCAAGUGGUGCUACCAGAUGGCCCUAGCGAUACAACACACGCAUCAGGUCGCCGACACCUUCCACAUGGACCUAAAGCCCGGAAACAUCCUCGUCGACGACGAGAACAACCUGCGGCUCAUUGACUGGGAACAGAGCGGCUUUUCCAUGUUCACGCACCCGCCAGAGGUCACCAUCGACCAGGAAGCCGAGGAGGCAACUACCAUCGCCGCCCGGAAUGGCAAACCCCUAAUCAUCUACACGCCACACACCGGCGCGUUGCGCAAGAAUCAGAAGUGGGGCUUCCCGGACUGGAACGUCCUCCCGGAGUGGAAGACAACGUGCCCCCGUGCCGCCGAACUUGCGGAGGUCUUUAGCCUGGGCAGAACAAUGUGGAUGCUGCUGGAGCAGGUUGAACAGUCUGCCGACCCAACCAUAUGGACGUCGAUGGCGAGGGACGUUCCGCCGGCGUGGAAGGACAUGGUGAUGCAGUGCGUUGAGAGGGACCCCAACAACAGACCAGGACUGGACUGUGUGGUUGAGUUUUGGCGGAGGCAACUGUAG